CAUGUAAUUGAUUCAAAGAUCUACACUCACUAGAAAAACGCAGACAAUUAACAAAUUUCUUCUAUUUUUACUCUCAAAUAACAGAUUUCGUGUUUUUAUAUUACGCCUUCUUUCUUCGCAAUUGAUCCCAUCGCCAUUUCAAAUACAUUCACUGAUAAGCUCCCUAGUUCUUGUAAUUCGUUGCCUCCCUAGUAUAAUGGCUACAGAGAUCACCGUCGCGCAGGAUGGGUCCGCUAACCACACCACUAUACAGCAAGCAAUAGACGCUGUGCCCCUCGACAACACUGCCAGGACCAUUAUACGGGUGGCACCUGGGGUGUACAAGCAACCGUUGUUCGUGGCUAAGUCUAAGAACUUCAUUGCCCUAGUGGGUUCAAUUCCAGAGAAUACUAUUAUCACCUGGAACAAUACCGCUAGCAAAAUCGAACACCACCUGGAUGCUGAGACAGUUGGGAAGGGUACGUUUGGCUGUGGAACUGUGAUAGUGGAAGCGGAAGAUUUUAUUGCUGAGAACAUCACUUUUGAGAACAAUGCUCCUGAGGGUUCACAUCAAGCUGUGGCAAUCAGGGUGUCAGCUGAUCGGUGCGCCUUCUACAAUUGUAGGUUUCUAGGGUUUCAGGACACUGUGUACCUUCACCGUGGAAAACAGUAUCUCAAAGAUUGCUAUGUUGAAGGAAGUGUGGACUUCAUUUUUGGGAACAGCACUGCUCUCUUCGAGCACUGUCAUAUCCACUGCAAGGCAGACGGUUAUGUAACUGCACAAAGCAGAAAGACUGCUGAGGAUUCAACUGCUUAUGUGUUCUUGAGAUGUGUGAUCACGGGUAAUGGAGGGAAUUCAUAUGCAUAUCUUGGACGUCCAUGGGGACCCUUUGGAAGGGUGCUCUUCGCAUAUACAUAUAUGGAUCAAUGUAUCAACCAUGCGGGCUGGCAUAACUGGGACAAAACUGAAAAUGAGGGUACCGCUUGCUUUUAUGAGUACAGGUGUUAUGGACCAGGUUAUGACAAAUCAAAACGAGUUGCAUGGUGCAAAGAACUGCCUGAUGAACAAGCAGAAGAGUUUUUGAGGCAUGCUUUCAUUGAUCCUAAUCCAGAAUCGCCAUGGCUUGCUCAAAAAUUGGCCCAUAAAACGCCAGUUUCUGCGUAGAAUUUUAGCAGUUAUAGCUGAUAAAUUAUCCAGCGAGCGGCUACUAUCUCAGUCCUCAGACACAAGCUUCCUGCAAAUAACUAGAGAAUUGAGGUCAUUAGGAUUUCUCUAAGCAACAAAUAAGGUGUAGUGCAAUGGUCUCACCUCAUUUGCAACAAUAACAGUGUCAGCUUUCUCACGCUUCCAAAGUGUGGCUUUCGGCUUUCCUUUUUUUAUUUUUUUUUCAAUAAAAAAAUGAGUCGAUAAUUGUUAUCAAGGUGUUUUUUGUGUAGUUCAAUGGAAUCAUAUUAUUUUAUAUUUUUUUAUUAUUAGAAAUUUUAAGG